AUGAAUAACGACGACGGCUCCAUGUUAGGGACCAGAAAAAGGAAAUGGAAACAGAACCUUCCAAGUGUUAGUAAUGUGAGCAGUGGUUUAUUUGAUGACCUGCAGAUUCUUAUCAACGGUAUUGAUUUACUCAAUGUUGAUGUUUCCAAUAAUUACCGCCCUGUAGCUGAGUUUUUCCAAAAGGGACUUGCUGUGCAAUGCACACAAGGUUGGUCAUAUUAUGCACAGGUGAAUGAACAUGCUAAGUUUGCUGAAACUACUAUAAAGCUCAAAAAACUAAUUGCCAUUUUGAAUUCGAAUACCAGUGUUGUGCAAUACGGAUCCGUUAUUAUCCGUGAUAUACUUAAUAAUUACUGUAAAGUUCUUUACAGAGGUAUCAAUAAUCUGCGUCCUUCGAUAACGAAUUCAGUAUUUGGGUUAAUGACAGAGAUUGUACAGUUUAAUAAAGGCCAGUUCGUUGAUGAAUUUUUGUCAUAUUUCGAUUUGACGUUGGUAGCAUUGUUGAAGGUUUUGAAUCCAAGAAAGCUUGAUAACCCAGAUAUUGAAGCUACUAGGAAAUCAACUCACAUCUCUAUGAGGUCCAACUUCGUUAAAUUUUGGAUAACACUAGUUAAGAACGCACCGGCGGUACUAAGGAAGGAUAUUCUCAGUGACAAUCAGAAAAUUAUGACCGCGUGGGUUAAGAAUAUGGUUAAAAUGGACUCUGUUGAACUUAUCGAGGAAUCUCUACAUCUAUUUAUUGAUUGCAUUCUAAAAGAAACGAGUUUUAGGAAGAUGACCAAGAGUAAGAUUUUAAAUGAGUUCGUUGUGAAUAGGUUGCAUGAGUUUUACUAUUCUCCAAAUAAAGCCAUUGUUUCCUUGAUAGAUGAAUUCUUUCAAAUCUAUGGUGGCGAUACGGACUUUGGUGUCGUAUUUACCGACAAAACUUCUUGGUUUGAGGAUAGUUCAAACUUGAAGUCAGGCGUUCCUGUGGUAAUUAACCAGAAGGUAUUCAAGUUACACAACAAGUUAUUAUACACCACAUUAACAUUUUUUAAGCCAUGGGAAGAUGAUACACAAUGUAAUACAGUCAUAAAAAUUUUAGGUAACGUCCCAGAGUUGGUGGCUCCUUACUCAACGUACGUGUCAUCUAUGGGAUCACAUGACCCAAAGAUGACAGCUUAUUGGUUUGGUAUGACAUUGUUUUUGGGUAGAAUGAUCAAUCUUCCCAUUCCAGAAUACGUCGAAACAGUAGAUUCUGAUAGUCUUCCAUCCACAACAAUUGUCGUGGAGUCGAUUAUUCCUUCUACUUUAACGAAAACAGCUCUUACGAAAUGUCUGCAAAACAAAGUAAAUCUAAUCAGACAGAUGGGAAGUCAAUUGUUGGUAUUUUCAUUGAAGAAAUUGGAUAAAGUGCUGGACUUGUACAACGAAAAGGGAUGGGAUAAUUCAAAGGCAAUGCUCUUAAAUGCUUAUUUUUCGUACUUGCCAGAUUUACCCGUUUUGACGACAGUUUUGAAUAUCUUAUACACGGAAUCCCCAACUAACAAAAUUUUACCUUUGUCCUUAACCGUUAUCCUCAAUUACUAUAGUAAAAUAUUCCCAAACUUCUUCAACGUCAAUUUACCAGCUAGCAACAUAUAUGUUGAUAUUAUGAAAAGUGAUCAAUUUUCAGGAAUGGAUUUGGUUAUCCUUGAUAAUUUCAUGAAGUUCCAGGAACUAAAUAACUCCCAAAUCAAGUGGUGGAAUGCCUCAAAUAACGAAAACUCUCUAUUCACAUCGCUUUUAAGGCUCGCAUCUUCGAAAAACGCUUCAUCAAUCGUCACUUCUAGAAUAUCGAAUUUACUAUUCAAUUUGGUACAGUUCAGUAAUAUUUUCAAGAUGAAAGAGCUAAUAAGUUCUCCAAUUUCAGCUUUAAUUAAUAGUUUAUCGCUUUUGUCAAGUACUGGUUCCUCUUUUUCCACCUCGGAGCACAUGAAGAUUUUGAAACUAUUGGAUGAAGCCAUUUCUAGAUGUCAUAAGACUCCGUAUAAGUAUGUUGAUAUGGCAAGGCAAUAUGAGAAUCUAUCACCUUUCCUUUUGACACUUGUUGAACAAUGGAAAUUUGUCCAAAUUGAUAACCCAAAAGAGUCAGUUAUCGUCAAGUGGUUACUUAUAUUUUUCAGAAAUAUGCUGGUGCUAGGAGAGUCUGAAGUAGGUAUUAGAAAUCUACUUUCUAACGUUGAAAGUAUACCUCAUAAUCUUGUCGAAUUGUACUUAUCCUUUACUGACGAGAUCAUUAAGAAAGUAUCAUCUCCGGAAUACCUUUUGUUUUCAAAUGAUUCAACUUCUAGCUAUGAUCACAUUUUGUUGCAAUAUUCCCCGAAGUUAAGCAAAAUGAGCAGAUUCCCUGUGAAUUCUUUUGAUGUAGCUGCUAUUAUUUUCCGUCUAAAGAAAACGAUGUCAGGCAGUUUACUUUCUACGCAGGUACAGGAAACUAUUGAUAACCUAUUGUCCAAGGUGGGUAAUUAUGCAUUAGGUGAUAUGAAGUUUAAGAAACGUGUCGUUAAGAAAAGUUAUUUUUCUCAUUUGUUUGAUGGUGAGUUGCCUAAUAUAGACAGCGAUUCAUUUGACUUAUUCUUAUACGUUGUUAAUGGCCUUCAACAAAUUUAUAGUCAGCUCGAUAUUGAGUAUGAUGAAUUCAGCAAAUAUGCCUUUGAUUUAUUCAAGACAAUUGCUGCUUCUGAAAAAUCACAGCGCAGAACCAUUGCGCUGGGAGUUUUAAGCGAAAUAGUUUCAGCCGAAGAUGUUAUCAAGUGUUUGCAUAUGAUAGAUAAUUAUUCUGAAACGGUUUGUAGGCAGUUGCUUCAAAGAUGUCUAGUAGAAAAUGUCAUUGUUGAUGUUGAGAUCUUUACGAAAAUCCUCGAAGUGGCGACUUCAGAUAUUCAGAAAUUACUUCAACAAAUUCUGGAUUUCAAGCUUGUUAAGAUUGAGAUUGUCGACGUGACUAAAUUAGCUUCAUCUAUUAUCGGAAAAGAAGCAUUUUUUAUAGAGUCUUGUAUGAGAAUUAAAGGGUUGACAAACUCUCUAUCCAACCAGUACUCAGAGAUUCCGGAUCCAACUACCAAGAUUAUAAUUGCGACGCAUUUGCAGAAGGAAACAGAUAGAGAAGCUAUUAUGGAAGCAAUAAACAUAGCUAUGGAAAACUUGAACAGCGCUUCAGGUUAUAAAUUGUCAGCAUCCUUGGCCUUGUUAACCACUCACCACAGCUUAUUGGAUACUGGCAAUAUUGAACAAGCCACUAAAUUUAUCACCGAACAUAAGAUGAAAUAUACAGCAGAUGGUGCAGCCUUCAUCAUGGCUGUAGAUCGUUAUGAGGACAAUAAUGUGAGGACGUGGUUGAACAAGCUUUUCUUAUACAUCACAAAAUACCUUGCUGAAAAACCAGUGUUAUCUGAGAGCUUUGCAAAGAUUCUUGAAACAACUAAGAAGUUUAUGACUAAAUCAUCUGCAGAUUUGUGGAAAUUAGUGAAGCCAUCCAUUCUUAAUGCCCAGCUAGAGGUAGUUUCUUCAAGCAUCUGGGUUAAGAAUGAUGUUUUAAUGGAGUACUAUAAUGUGCUGUUGCUGAAAGCCGAUAAAUCAUCUGUCAACUCGAAUCAGAUAUUACAGCUACUUUUAAACAACGAUUCUCUUGUUUAUUUGAAUGAAAAGGGCUCCAAAUAUAGUAAACUUUUAACUACUUCAGCUCUCUAUCAAUUAUUCUUCAUGGACGUUACCGAAAAUUCAAACAUUGCCCUACAAAAUAAACUUUUAGAAUUCUACAGCGGAUCGAUAACUACAUCAGACAUUCUUUUGCUAUCCAUGUUGGACAAAAUGGAAUCCAUUGUCGGACAAUCAUGGACUAACGAGAUAGUGAGUUGGGAAUUUGUUGAUUCUCUUCGCGAGAUUGAAAUUGAAUUAAUUGGGCCUUUAAAGUUGAUAACAAAGGAGAAAGAAGGGUUGGUUGUUACAAUUAGUAUGAAUGAUAUAUCAAACACUUUGAAUAAUUUUCCUUCGCAUCGCCCAAGGCCCGAUUCGUUCCAAACUGGUACAACAGAAGAAAAAUGGAACAAACUCCAAAACCUGUACAAGGCGGAAGUUGCUUCUUUGGGAGAAAAUCAUUCUACUAUAUACGAUCCAUUGUUUGUUAUGCUAUGUUUGGUUAAUUGUGACGAGUUCGUCAGAAAAUCCUCGGAAGAAGAUUCAUCUAAGUACUUUUACAACGUCAAAAAAUUCGUUGAUAAUAGGAUUUUACAGUUGGCUGUCGCAUCUUUGUCAUUGGAUGAUGAUACGGUGUUUGUUGCUAAAUCUAUACUUGAAGGGCUGUUAUUCUCCAUUGAAGAAUCAAGUCAAUUUAAGGACAGACGUAUCUAUGAGGUGCUUAUUACUAAAAUAUUAUACACUGUAGAAAAACCAUCAUUGGAAAUUGGUGAUAAAAAUUUUACCCCUCUUCCUCCCAUGGUAUGGAUCACAAUAUCCCGUAUUUGUGAUCUUUUGAUUCAACCUUCCUCAGAAAUCUACGAGAAGGCUUAUCGCUGGGUUCUAAGCUCCCCCUUUAUCAAAAACAAUGAAUUGCCAUUGCUACAGGCUGUUUUGUUCACUGAUAACGAUUCAUUUGAUGACUCUGAAAACUUUUACAAAUAUCUGUCAUGGAUUCUACAGACAAUCAACAUGGGUUUAAAGCUGCCAGCUGAUCUCAAAUUACUCAGAGCUAACAAUUGCUUUGAAUGGUUAAUGAAUAUGCAAAAUUCUCCUUACUUGCAUAUCCGUUUGAAGACCUUGAUCCAAGAAAUUUUGUACCGUAUCCAACUAAUUGACGGUGGUGAACCAUUGUUAAUAUCUGGUUAUGCAUCGCUGGCAUAUGGUGACUGUGAAAAAAAUAGCCUCUUAAAGAACUUAGCCGAAAGUGAAAAUACUUGGUUGAAGAAUACCAAAAAUAAUAAGAGCUUCCGUAACAUGCUUGUUGAUAAACAACAGCUAGUCAAUAAUCUGGAAUUGUCCACACGUAGAGUUAUUAUUGCUCAGGAGGAUGAAAGAAUAUCGGAUUGGAUGGACCACGACGAACUUAAUGCUGCCAAAAGAAUUUGUAAAUAA